AUGCCAAAGAGAAUACUGGGCCUCAGCUGGAAGCGACCCGAAAGCAAUGACGAAGCUGCAGAUGAAGAUUUGCUCAAUGUACGAACAUCAUCGGGUACUUCAUCCUCAUCCCGGACUGCAGAAGAUGAGGACGUGAAUACGACAAACAUGAGCAAAAGCGAUGAUUAUUCUAGUAGAGUCUCGUCUUCAAUCCAGUCUUCCUCGGUUUUCUCCAAAAGUCGUCAGACUCAUCGUACUGGAGCGUCUUCCAUGCACACGGGUAGCACACAAGAUAGUGGUGCCAAAUUGCCCGGUAAAAGAGAUGCAGAAAACAUGGGAAAGCCCUUACGGGUGCUGGAAUUUGGCAAGUUAGGAUCGCUUAAACCGGUUUCUGAGGAGGAAGAUCCUUUCGUGACAAGCGGUGCGUUUUUGGAUGAAUACUCAUCUGGCCGCACUGGAAAUCCUACCGUCACAACUUCGUCGAAAAAGGAUAAUUCAGUACUGAGUAUGGAACAUUUCGACAGAGCUCUGGAAGGUCUGGAUGAGAAUCUGGUCGGGCUCAUGCAUGAUAUCCACCAAAAUGUCACGAAUGUUUCAAAGGCCGUGAUACAGGCAGCAGAAUUCUUCAAGGAUUUCUUGCCCGACGUUUCUGCCGCUAAACUCCCGUAUCGUAUCUCUUGUAGCAAAAGUCCUACCCUGAGACGUAUAACAAAGAUUGUUCUGCAUUUUGUUGACAACUUGCUUUUCUCCGAGGUAUUCAACAACUCCAGAGCUAUAAUAAUAAAGCGCUUCAUGAGUUUUCUUAAGAAGAUCAACAUUCCACUAGAAGAAAGCUCGGAACUACACGCUUUGCCCCAUCCAAGAAACUUUUGCAUUGACGCCGAAUGUGACCUGCCGAGAAAAGCCAAGCUUGCCUCCAUUAUGGAUAAGCUAGCCAUGACAGAUUCUGCUAAGAUCUCAGAUCAAGACGGUGCUUUCAUCGCGCCAGUGUUGAGGGGCCUCGACCAGUCGUCAGCUGUCCUAACCCUCGCGUUUGGCCUGCCGGACCCUCAACAAGAGCACUUCGAUAUGAUCAAAACGUUAUACUCUUUAUUUCCAGAUGUGCAUUUUUACUGUGUUAAAGAUUACAUCACAACUUGUGCGGAUGUCAUAAAUCCUGGGACAAAGGCCCCACAGCCAAUGGAGGCAACAGCUACUUCACAAUUCCAUCCUCCAUACCGUCUUCCAUCAGAUGUGAAUUCACCGCCCAUUUCCAUGUCGAUUUCGUCUCAGGAUAGCGAAAAGAUUACGGGCACACUCGGGGGCUACGUUUAUCCUCAGAUAGACGAAAACGAUACUUCUUUGGCACAAUAUUCGGGGUCUACUUUCGCUAUGGCCUGUGCUCAUGUAGCACUGGCGGAAUCUCAUGACUACCCAUACGUAUCUGUGCCAUCCGCUGUAUUGCAGAAACAGUAUAAGACCGCUAUUUUGGAGGAAGCUCAACGUUACGCCUCUAAAUCUGUUGAAAAAGCUGCCUUUGACCAAGAAGCGGCAAGGAUUGAUCAGAACCUAGAUUGGCAGCGAGAAAACAGUUUUGGGCAGGUAGUUUGGGGCGAGCGGUCUGUUAUUGAUCAAAAACUUUCGGAUUUUACCAUCAUAAAGGUGAGCUCUGACGUUCAAUGCGCUAAUUUUCUUGGCGACGAUGUAAGUUCGAUGGCAAACCCGUUUUUAAGAUUCCAGAACCUGUACGUGAAAGAUAAGGUACUCAAGUUGAAACCAGGAAUGGAGGUUUUCAAGGUUGGUGCAACAACAAAUUUUACAAGAGGACAGGUCAACGGGUCUAAGCUCAUAUAUUGGGCAGACGGUAAGUUGAGAAGCAGUGAGUUUGUUGUAGCUUCUCCGACUCCUAUGUUCGCGGCUGGCGGCGAUUCUGGUGCCUGGAUACUCACGAAGCUAACCACGAGGCUGGGACUGGGAGUGGUGGGAAUGCUGCACUCUUACGACGGCGAACAGCGCCAAUUUGGGCUUUUCACUCCGAUCGUUGACAUUUUGGAUAGACUACACAAAGUGACAGGCGUUUCUUGGGAUAUUAACAGGCCCAAAUAA